AUGGUGCUGGGAAACUUGGCUCCUCAAAGCCAACGGGGGCCGUAUCAGGAGCCGGAGCCAGAGCCAGAGCUGAGGCUUCUCCUCUUGGGGAGGAGUGGUGCGGGGAAAAGUGCCCCAGGAAACAUGAUUCUGGGCAAAAUUGUGUUUGUGUCCAGAUGUAGUGGCCAGAUGGUGACAAAAACGUGCCAGAGAACGAGGGGGGCCACAGGAGAGGGGAAGGUUGUGGUCAUCGACACCCCCGACAUUUUCUCCUCAAUCUCUUGUGCCAAAGACAAGCAACGCCAACUGAAAGCUGCUUGGAGCCUCCACGUCCUGCUGCUGGUAAUUGCCAUUGGCCGUUACAAGGUGGAGGACAAGGAGGCAGUCACGGGCAUCCACAAGCUGUUUGGAGCCAAUGCCAAGAAGUACAUCAUUACCGUUUUCACUCAGGAGAAUGAUUUGGAGGGUGACGCACUGCAAGCUUACGUCAGGGGGAGGGGUACCUCGGAGCUGGCUGAAAACUACUGAGGCCAAAACUGUGUUCUGACCAACAGGGCAAGCGAGGAGGAGCCCAGUCAGGUGAGGGGACUUCUGUGCCGGGUCCAGUAUUUGUUGCAUGAAAAUGGAGGACCAUAAAUUGUGAACUUCAGAAACGAAAGCCGUGAAUUCGUGUCACUGAUGCUCCAGACAUCUCGUCUUCAAGGGACCUUAAAGCGGAGCUCCAGAGACCUGCCCUUGGGUGCCCCCUCACCUUCCUGCUGGAAAGAAGACCUCGGGGAUCAGAAUCUACGGAUGUUCCUGAAACACAGAAAUAAAGCCCUCUACAACCUCGCUGACAUGUGCAGUGACCGGUACUUCGUCUUCAACUACCGAGUGACAGGGGAAGAGGAGCAGCGCCAGGCGGACGAGCUCCUGCAAACAGUCGUGGGAUUGCAACAGAAUGGGGGCAGGCCCUGCAGCUUUAGAGGGGAAGAGACCCUGAACAUUGUGCUGGUGGGGAGGAGCGGCACUGGGAAGAGUGCCACUGGGAACACCAUCCUUGGGAACCCCGACUUCCGCUCUCAUUUCCAAGCAUAGGUGGUGACCUAGACGUGCCAGAGCAGCAAGAGGAUGUGGGGCAGGCUGCAGGUGGUGGUUGUGGACAUGCCUUCACUCUACCUGACAACCAGUGCGGAAGGAGGUCUGUCCCAGCUGGAGGAGGAGGUCAGAGGCUGUUUGUCCCGCUGUGAAGAAGGGAACAAGGUUCUGGUCCUGUUGUUCCAGCUGGGACGGUUCACUAAGGAGGACAAAAGGGCAGUGAAGGACUUGGAGAACAUUUUCAGAGAGGAAGUACAUGACGUGCUGUUCACUUGGAAAGAAGACCGAUCAGGGGACCUCGAAGAGUAUGUCCAGAACACAGAUAACAAAAGUCUUAAGAACAUCAUUAAAAUGUGUGUGUGGGGGAGGGCAUGA